AUGGAUCAACAUACCACAGAAUACGACUAUCCACCUUUGAGAAAAGGUGAACGAUACAUAGAAAAGAACGACGGAUCAUUCCCUCCAAAAGACGCAUCUCAAAAUGAUGUUUUUCUCACCGCUUCACUUGAGAACUAUCACAUGGUGACGACUGGCGAUAUUCGAAUCCUGAAACUUGAUUCCGGGUCAUUCAACGAUCCUUUGAGCUGUCGAUUGGAUGUUCACUCCCUCGAAAGCUACCCAAAGUACGACGCACUUUCGUAUAGGUGGGGAAACCCAUCACCUGAGGGAAGAAUCCUUCUCGACGAUGUACCAUUUCCCGUAACUAUAUCGCUCGAGAACGCUCUGAGGCAUGUGCGCCUGCGGGACGAUGUACGCUAUAUAUGGGCAGAUGCCGUAUGCAUCAACCAACAGGACAAGGAGGAGCGUGGAAACCAGAUUCACCUGAUGAAAGAGAUCUACUCUCGAUCCAAUACUGUGAGAGUUUGGAUUGAUAUAGAGCUAUCUCUUGAGGAUCCUGUUGUUCGAAGGCUUUUCACUCUUCGACUGCAAGACGCCGCCGAUCAGCUGGGCGAGGAUCCCGAGUUCUGGAGAUUACUUCUCCCGCUUCUCCAGAAUGAGUAUUGGGACAGGCUCUGGAUACAACAGGAGCUUGUCUUCGCACCAAAAUUGGUAUUCCACUGCCGAGGAGUGACUAUCCCUGGAAACUGUUUAAUGGCACUUCAACUUCAGAUUUCCCGAAAGUUGGCCGGUGGUAGAGAUGCAUUCGAUACUGAUGAUCCAUGGAGCCUGUUCAGACCGCUAGAAUCAACGAUCAAGGCCCCUUCCAGGAAUUUAGCUUGUUGGCGGGCGAUGAUGAAGAAUAAGGUGCCGGUCGAUCCACUUACUCUUCAGCCAGAUCUCACUCUUCUCAAGCCGAAGGCUGAAUGGAAGCUUGAUCCUAGAAAAAUGAGCUCACACCUGAGUACCAGCCCAAUCUAUCUGUUGGGUAUGCUGCGGCAGUCACAGGCCUUGAAGAUAACGAAAGCAGAGGACCGAGUCAGAGCCGUUCUGAACCUAGUCAUCGACUAUGAUGACGAUGGUUCCGAAGCAGAUUGCGAACGAACUGUUACUGAAUGGUAUCUUCGCAUCGCUCAGCUACUGCCAUUCAAAUGCAAUAGCCUCCUAUUUCUGGCCAUGGCUAAAACAUCAACUAAUUCCAACGAUAAUAUCCAAGGCUUGCCUUCGUGGGCUCCAAAUUGGAGCUCUCCGGCAAAUGCGGAAUACUUCUUGGGCGCCUUCCAUGCUGCGGGAGAUUUACCUAUGUACGGGACGCCUUUUCAAGGCGAUAUAGAGCAUGAUAUCCUACACGUUAGGGGCUUCAAGUAUGCUACUGUCGAUCAAAUGCUCUCAACUACCGAUAACGCCUUGUCUCCCCUUUCGAAUAUGUUGAGCCUAUUCAUUUCAACCAUAAAAUCCACCGUAUACCACUAUCGCGAUGUUCAGAAGCUUGGAAACAUUCUCACCGGCCCAGCUAUGGCUGAGCUUCGCAUACCCCGUGAUUACUUCAGCGAAAUGGAAGCGGUUAUCUACACUGGUGUUCUGCUUGGUCAUUCUCUCCUCAAUCCUCAUCUUCGCAUUGUCGAUUUGCUUCCUCGUGGAACGAAGGUCUUUGACCAUUCAGAAACAAAAAAUAGGGCUGCAUGUCUGGUUUUGCGAAGAUUUCUUAACUUUUGUCCCUCAUGUCUCCGGUGCCUCUGCCUUGGAGGAGAAUCCGAUCUAGUUCAAGAGCUAGGAGGUAAAACUGAGCGCUUCCGACAAUUCAUUCAACUGGUACACAAGACUUUGUCUUCCGGAUGUCUGACAUCUAUCAUAUCCUCCAAGGUCACACCUAACACCACGCCUACCACCACUUUUGCCAUCACGGAAGGAAGGGCCUUGGUGAGAUCUGGUGACGAGGUUUGGAUACUUUUUGGCUGUGCAACACCUAUGGUACUUCGGAGAACUGGUCGAUAUAAUGUCCCAUACUUUCUUGUAGCUUCCCCAGCCUAUGUUUCCGAUGUCAUGAAUGGAGAAGCGAUGGAUGGGAACUUUGGCGGCUGGUCUAGAGUGUUGGAAACGAAAAAGUUGGGUCCCGCCCCUGCAAAGCCAUAUGUAUCGGGAAGAAGUAAAUGGAAGGUGAGGGUAAUCCGUCUGCGAUAG